AUGCAGAUAUCAGGUCUGGUGUUUCCGCCGCCAGAAUUGGCUGGUCGGCAGUCAUCCGCAACACAGUCUCGAGGCCUCAUGGCGACACCGAUGGAGGUCAAUGGACACCAAUAUCACCAAGACCAUAUGUCGGACUUCGAUGCAUUCCAGGAUCCUUACAUGUUUGGAUACCAGAACAUCAACUACAAUCCAACAUAUGCCCCGCCCGGCCUGCACCAUCCUUCCAAUAUGAUGCCCAGCCAGUCUCUGCACCAGCAGCACCAACAACCGCAGCCACAGCAUCAGCAUCAACAGCAUCAGCAGCAUCAGCAGCAGCAGCAGCAGCAGCAGCAGCAACAGCCCUCCCACCAGCCCCCCCCUCAGCAAAGGGCACAUCAUCACCCAGGUCUACACCAGCAGCCUCAUGCACCGCAGCAUCAACACCAGCACCAGCACCCACAUCAACAUAGCCCGCUGCCCCAACUGGCCCAUAACGCUAUCCCAAAUAGCCUCCAAAACUCCCUCCAGCUUCAAAACAAUCUGCAGAAUUCCAUUCAGAACAGCCUCCAAGGUAACCUCCAAGGCAACCUGCCAAACAACCUACAGAACAAUUUGCAGAGCAAUCUACAAAAUAAUCUGCCAAACAACCUGCAGAAUAGCCUCCAGAACAACCUACAAGGCAAUAUUCCUAGCAAUUUGCAAAACAGCCUUCAAAAUCUCCAGAAUAUCCACAAUAACCUUCAAAAACAACCGUCUCAACAAUCACAGCAACAACAGCAGCAGCAGCAGCAGCAGCAACAGCAACAGCAACAGCAGCAGCAACAACAGCAGCAGCAACAACAGCAACAACAGCAGCAGCAGCAGCAACCACACCACCCAAGCCUGUCCCAGCAACAGACCCAGCCUAAGCCUCAGCAGCUUCACCAGUCCCUGCAUCUACCAGUCCUUCCUGAAGCUAAGACUCCUACUCCGAAACCUGCUAAGGCCGCCGUCCGUGCUACAGCAGCGGCAAGACACCCUAAAGCAAAGGCUCAACCACCUCCUCCAGCACCAUUGCAAAACGCCCGCUCUGCUCCAGUCCAGGCUCCCGUACCUCAACCCCUACCAACCCCUCCACAACCAAAGCAUGUCCAGCCGCAGCCGCAGCCGCAGCCGCAAAUGCAGCACCACAAACCACCCACUCCAAUGCAAAUGUCAGUUCAGACACCGGUGCCCACCAAAGUGACCAUUCCGAUCCAGACGCCGGUCCCAGCGCCAGCCCCGCCACCACAACCACAACCACAGCAGACUCCUGUCUCAGCGUUGAAGUUCGCGGCCCCUGCCCCUAGCAAGAACUCGCAGACUGCUCCUAUCACCGAUCCUAGCUCGAUAUUCAAGACUGAGGUUGAUCAGUUGAUGAGAGCCAUUCAGAGCAAGCAAACCGACUCCCCUACCAAGGAAUCCGAGUCUACGCCCGCACACGCUCCGGUGCAUGCUCCGGUACACGCUCCGGUUCACGCUCCGGUUCACGCUCCGGUACACGCUCCGGUACACGCUCCAGUACAUGCACCAGUACAUGCACCAGUACACGCUCCAGUACACACCCCAGUCCAUCCUCCAGCCCCAGCCCCAGCCCCAGCCUUUCAAAACCCAAUUCCGAUUCAAAAUCCCAGUUUUGGGGCAAAUCGAGCUCAGAGUUUUAACCAAUCGUACGUGAAUGGUGGAAACUUUGGAGGUCAACCACUCGGUGUGGAUAAGCUCUUGGCGGAGCCUGCUCAAUCAGCUAGUCCGGCUUCUGAGAAAAAGGGACCAAAGGCCCGGAAGAGGUAUGAGUGCGAGAUCCCGGGAUGCAAUAAAUCUUUCUUCCAAAAGACGCACCUUGAAAUCCACUCAAGAGCACAUACUGGGGACAAGCCUUUUACUUGCAAAGAGCCUGGUUGUGGGCAACGUUUCUCUCAGCUCGGGAACUUGAAAACUCAUGAACGAAGACAUACUGGAGAGAAGCCUUUUUCUUGCGAGAAAUGCGGGAAACGGUUUGCCCAGAGAGGCAACGUUCGUGCGCAUCGCGUGGUUCAUGAGGGGACAAAGCCCUUUAUUUGUCGGCUAGAAAACUGCAUGAAGAAGUUCACACAGCUAGGAAAUCUCAAGUCGCACCAAAAUAAAUUCCAUGGAGCAGCCAUCAAAAACCUCACCGACAAAUUCGCUCUGAACUUCGACCCGACAACUAUCACCCCAGCUGACAGGGAGCUUUUCGAGUACUUUGCUGAGCUGUACAAGAACUCUAAUAAGGGUAUCAAGGGCCGAGGCAAGGACCGGAAGAUUUCAAGUACACGCAAAGCAAGGGCGGAGGCCGCCAAGAAUGCCUCCGAUGCGACAAACUCGAAUAAUAAUAACGGUGGCAACAGUAACGACGCUGCAGCGGGUAGCCCUGAUAGCUCAGCAGGAAAUAGCAACGGCGGGGAAAACUGGGGUGAUUUCGGUUCUGAUACCGAUGAAGGACAAAACUCAUACGAAGGGGUUCCAAUGAAUACGCAGCAAAUUCCUAGCCAGCUGCCUCCGAUGCGCCCCCAGCAUAUCAACGUUCCUCAGUUCAACAUGGGUUUCGAUCACCUGAAAUACAACUUGCAAAAGGACUACAUCUGA